UUGUGUGACGAAGAGAAGCUUCCCGAAGGAAGCCUGAUGGUCGGGGCCGGGGCCGCGGCCGCCACCGCUCCGCCGGAGACGGCACUCCCAGCGGCGGAUGGCCCCGGAUAAGACGACGUAGACUACGAGGGGGAGGAGUGCCGCAUAUGCCGCCUCCCCGCCGAGGCGGACCGCCCUCUGCGCCUGCCGCGGCAGCAUCAGGUUCGUCCACGACGACUGCCAGCUCCGGUGGCUCGCCGCCCGCCAACAAAACCGCUGCGAGGUGUGUAACCGCAACAUCUCCACACGUCCUCUCUACGCCGCAGAUGCCCCCGCGAGGCUGCAUGUUUCUGAGCUCAUGGUGGGUUUGCCCAGCAAGCUCAUGGGUCUGCUGCCCCCCCUCUUCUUCGUCAUCUGUGUCGUUUGGGAGUUUGUCAUUCCGCUCACCACCCUCUGGACAUGGCGUCUCGCGCUCGCCACGACCUUUGCUCAAGUGCACCAUCUACUCUUCCUACGCCUAUCCGUGACCUGCAUCCCUGCUUCAGUUGCGCUCUGGGCUACAUUUGUACGCUGGGUUGCACCAUUUUCUGUAGCUCCAUAUGUGCGCUGGGUUCAACGCCUGGUUACUUGGAGUGAGAGCCAGGAGUUUUGGUUAUUUGAUGCCUUCCAGGUCCUAGCGAUAUUGGCUGUUGAAGUUUCCUUGGCGGUGGUAAUAGUUGACAUGGCCCUUGCUUGUAUAUUUUGUUUUGUCCCAUCUUCAUUGGGAAGGAUAAUUCUAUGGUCAACAUCAUGUCUCAGUUUUGGCAAUGUGGAUGAAGUCAAUUCUUACACUUCAACAGCUUCUACCCUUCUAAUUGGAUAUGGACUUAUCUUUAAGGUGGGUGCAAGUUUUGCUGUGGUGCAUACUUAUCUGUACUUGAGGGGCAAGCGCCUUGUGGUCACAAUUUUCUUUAGAAGAUUGUAUGGUAUAUUCUUCAGAGGGAUCAUAAAAGUAACCAGAGUUGCCAAUAUUUCUCUUAAUAUCCUAUACGACGUGAUAAUAUACCCGUUGUUCUUCGGCUGGUCGCUUGAUAUCUGCACUUCAAAAAUGUUUGGUGCAACAAUGUCCCAGAGGUUCAAUUUUCUGAUUGCUUCUGCUGCCCUACAUUGGCUUAUUGGACGCUCCUUUUUGAAACUACGCCCCAAAUUAUUCAGACUUCUUCACAAGAUAUUCGGGCCAGGAGUUGUCACUCCCUUUCUCCACUAUAACUUCUCCGAACCAUUCUACAAAUUUUAUUUGAAGAACCUUCUUGGUCUUUUUGUGGACACUUUCUUUGUUGUUCUGGUCAUUCUUGUCCCUAUCAAAAUUGCUGACCUUUUGGCACCAGAGGUGUUCCCACUAGAUAUCACCUACUUUGAUCAUCCUGCUAAGGGCACAUCAGUUUGGCAAAGGCCACUACUAAACUUUGCAGAGUUACUUUCUGCUGUUCAUCACAUGUCGUAUCUCAUUGGCAAAACAGUCAUCUACCUUGGGCGUGUAAUGGAGAGGGUAGUGGGGUACUGGUUUGUCACUACUGGUCAGGCUCUUGGGAACAAUGUUGCACCAAAAGACCAGUAUGGUACCAGCGAUGAUGCUAAGGAUGAAUGCACGAGAUAUGCUGCUGUUCGAACAAUUCUACGCUUGGUCCUAGCAUGGUCGACUGCUGUGAUAUUCUAUUCUGCUAUGCUUUUGUUUCCAGUCUCAGUAGGUCAUGCAUUGCUCAUUGCCAUCCCUCCGCUGCCAGUAGCAGGUGGAUUGAAGUCCAAUGAUUUGUUUGCUAUUGCUGUUGGAUUUUGCAUCAUAUCAACUAUCAUUGCCGCCCUUAGAGAUUUAUCUGCCUGCAUGACUUCUGGGGGAACAUGCCUUCUAGCUUUGAAGAGGGAUCUGCUUUUCUUCAUAUGGACGGUCAUCAUUCCUCUCUUGAUCGGUUUGCUGGUUGAUUUAUUACUGAUAUCACCCUUCGUUGGAACUGAUGAUGAUUUUCCAGCUCUAAACUUUUUCCGCACUUGGCUCCUGGGCCGGUUCUUUAAGCUCUUAUGGAUUAACCACGUCGAUGAAAGUUGGGAGGCGAAGCUUAAGCGUGCAAAUGAAGAUUUUUCUGCAGAGCUCAGACCAAUGUGGUGGUUCUUUCAAGAUGUGUGCAUUCCUGUUGCCAUGAAGCUACUCGUUGCUCUGGGUGUUCCUUAUGUUCUCGCCAAGGGCGUCUUCCCAAGAUUGGGCUACUCUGCCUCCGUGAACUUGAUAGUCUACCGUUUCUCAUGGUUGGGCAGCUUUGGCCUUUGCGUCUUCUACUAUCUUGGCAAGGUGUUGUUCGUUCAACUCCAUGAUUCUAUCAGGCACGACCGCUACGCCAUUGGGCGGAGGCUGGAAGACGUUGGAGACGGAAGCUGAUGACUCUUUUCUGAGGACUUCUUUUUGUAGCAGUUAGUUCACUUCAGAGAGGGAUAGGGUGAGUAAUAUCAACACUUGAGUGUGCAGACGGGAAGGAAUAUAUAGGUCGAGUUACCGACAGGAUGGAUGCAAAUGAGAUGGUUCCAAACAGACAAAUUUCCCGCGGAACUUGUACAUAUGGUUGUGGAGGGCAUUUGCUGAAUUCAGCAUUUGUGGACAUCUAAACUUGACAAGACAGUUUGCAUACUUGUUUCCGCCUCACAGCUGACCGAGUUCAGGUACACUUAGCAUGUUUGUUUUCAUUACACGACUGGCUGAACCCAAUGAGUUAGAGCAUUGAAGUGGAGUCUUCCUCCCGCGACGCUCCCGUGGGCGUCCGGGGGGCCUAACCCUAGCGCCGCCGCCGGUCGCUCCCUCCUCCCUCGCCGCCGCCGGAGGGCGCGAGCGGGCAAAGCCCGCCCGUCGCAGGCGGCGGCGGGGCUCUCUCGUCUCCGCGCUCGAGGGGUACGGCGCGGGCCGGAUGCCUCAGCCCGGAUGCGGCGCUUGGCGCUGGGCGCAGCAGCUCGACGGCGCUCCGGCGGGGGCCGGCGACGGGGCGUGGUGGCGAUGCGACGGGCAGCGCGGAGGUGGUGCGGGCUGGAGGUCGGUGGUGGCGGCAGCUGCAUCCGGCGGCGCGCCCAGAUCCGCCUCCGGAGCCGCGGGUCGCGGGUGACCUGGGUCGCGGUCGGCCUCUCCUGCCAUGGCUCGUGGGCGGGGGGGCGGCGCGGCAGCUGGUGGAUGUGUGCGCCGCUGCCCGGUCGGGCCCUUGCGGCUGGUCGGCGUCGUACGACACGGGAGAUCCCUCCGGUGGUCAUCCAUGGACGUGGCGGCGAGCGCUCUGCUUCCUCUGCUACGGCCACGGGCCGCUGCCGUGGUCUCGCGCGGGGCCGGACCUAUGGCAGGGUUGCGAAACCGGUGGUUUCGGGGCGGGGAGCUGGUUGGAAGGACGGGAGCUCCGUUGCGGAGCUGCCCGUCGCCGGCCCAAGUGGUUGCCGGUCGUGGCCGUGGGCCAUUCCUCCCCCUCCCCCCUUCCCCAUCCUCAUGUGUUCUCGGUUCCGGCGUUGCUCGAGGCGGAGGUGGUUGGCCGGCGGUCUCGGAGGCAGUUUGGGUGCGGAUUUUCUCAAAGUCUCGGCCUUUGGUGAUCAUCAGGGUGGUCUGGAGGCAGAGCGGCGGCUCUGGCGGCGGGAGGCACGUUGGUCGUGGGCUGACCGCGCGGCUCGGGUGCGGGCGGGCAGCCACGGUCGCUUGGGCGGCAUGGCUGCGGGUGGUUGGCGGAGCGGGGUUGCGACGGAGAGGUUGGAGCACCGGGGUUCACCACUUGACCAGUCCCGGUACUGGCCGACGGAGGCGGCGUCCGCGGACGUCGUUCCCCUCCCUGCAGGCUUCGUCGUGGUGCUCCCACCUCCUACGCGUCACUCCGGGUGAAAACUUGAUCUUCUGGAUCAGACGAUGACGGCUUUCUAAGGUCAUAUCCUUCUUGAGGGCGUCGUCUUGGAGUCCCUGCUUUGGUCGUGUCCGGCUCAUCGCUCCUCGGUUGAUUGUUCAUCUUCAUGGUGGUUAUCGGCUUAUCAUUAGGGUGCUUAGUCGUCGUUGGGGUGAUGUGUUCGGUGCUCGGCACCUUUGUAUCUCGCCUUGGGUGCGUGCGUUGAGUGUGGUGGUGGAGUGCGUUUGUAUCUUACUCGCAUGUGUUGGCGAUGGUGCUUUAUCUAUAAAGCGGGGGGAAACCCUUUUUCUUAA